GGAGCAUGAGUUCUUCGAAAGUGGACGACGAAGGGCUGCAGGUACUAGAAGUAGGUGGUAUUGCGCAUGUGCAGAGCGUGCAAGAAGAGCGCGACGAAAGGGUGGAGGAGGACGUGGUGUGGAAGUUGGAGUACCUGAAGUCAGAUCGUACGCCGGUGGGAGGUGGGAUUUGAACAGAGCGGUUUGUGGGGGUCGUGUACACGAAGAGAAGAGGUUUUCGGUUUUUUCGGAGCCGGAGUUCGACUGCGUCAGGUAUUUAUUGGAGCGUCUGGAGAAGGAGGUGGAGGAGUCGAGCGCGAGGGAUUCGGUGCCGUUGUCGCCGUACGCGUCGCUGAUAGCUCAGCUGCAGGCGUGGUUGUCUGAGCUGCAGAAGUUGAUAAGGAGCGAGGUGACGCAGAACGGGCUUUCGUUGAUGUCUCAGGCGUUGAGAGUGCGCGAGUUUUUGGAGUCUUUGUCCGGUUUGUACGACAGGUUGUGGACGUGUGGGAGCCAAUUGGCCGAGUUGAGGGGGAAGUUUCAGGAGCCGUGCGCCUGCCUCAGGAAGAGGCUUGGGCAGAUGAGGAACGUGUUGGCGCUGUGCGGGUUGUUGAAGAGCACGCAGUUGUAUUUGUUGUUGGCACUUAAGUUGGCGCGGAUAGUGGUGAUGCAGAGGGGGGUGCGGGAGGUGGAGGAGGGCGAGGAGGGUCCGUCGGAGGGCGCCGCGUCGGUGGAGAGGGGCUUGAAUGAGAGUUCGGAGCUCGCGGUGCAGGGAGAGUCGCUGAGCGAGGAGAUAGAGGUCGUGCGUUUUCCCGGGUCUUCGGUUAGGAAGAGGUUGGUGAAGGCUUCGCUGGUCGACCUGUAUAAGAUUGACCGGUUUUGUCAACAGGCUGCGGCGGGUCACCAGAAGCGCGCCGUUCAGCUUUUGUUCCAGUUGCAGCAUUUGAAGAGCGAGAGCGGUUUGGAGGGGAUCGAGGUGGUCGAUCGCCAGACGCAAUGGAUCAGGGCGUUGAGCAGAUGCAUGCGCGGUCGCCUGGAGAGCGCGGUGACGUCGAACAUUGAAAGGGAGGUAUCAAGGUGGGAGGCGAGGCGCAGGGACGGAAGGAGCGUUUCGGUGGCGGCGCUUGGUCGGGGCGAGGCGGAGGUUAGAGUUUGGUCGGAUUUUGGUCCGGUGUCGAUGCUGGAUCGGUACGCGGGUGGUCACGUUAGAAGAGAGGCGUCGUUUGCGGCGGCCGGUUCGAGCGAGGACCUUUUGUCGGCGGCGUGGGUCGACCUUUACAAGCUGGACGCGUUUCCGGGAGUGCUGGAGCGGAUGUUGGAGGGGUGGGCGUCCGAAUGGAAGUCUAGCGAGGAGAGACACCUGAGCUGGAUAUCUGGACAUUUGGGUCGGUUGGGAGAGAAAGAAGUCCAGCCAGAGUUCAACAAGUUGACGGACUGGCUCGAGGCGUUCGAGGAGUUGGGAGACGCGGUCUCAAGGUACACGUUUCGGAUCGGGUUGGCGGUGCGGUGCAUCAGGGGAUUGGUGAGGGGCAUUUUGAGAGAACAGAGAGAAGACGAGUACAUUUACAAGCCCUGUUUGGAGGCGGAGAAAUGGGGUUGGAGGGACGAUCAGAAGCUCAUUGACGUCGGAGAGCCAGUUCCAAGCGCAGAGUGGACGUAUUACACACAUUUUAGGCCUUUGGACGCGUCGUCUCUUUCCGAGAUUCCCUCGAGAGUUUGGCUGUACGACCUGCCGGAUCGCGAGUUGCCGUGUUGGACGCCGGCGGGUCUGUAUCGCCUUUCCGCGGGGUUGGCGCCGUUCUCGUUUCCCCCGUUUUUGCUUCAGUGCCCGUCGUUCGCGUAUUUCCACCUCUGGCACUCCGCGGUCGACCGGAUUCUGGGGAGCAAGUUGGGGGCGGCCGGAGACGCCUUCGGCGCCGACCCGACGUUGUACCCGUCGGUGGUCGCGGCGAUCUCCUCCAGCCUCGAGGCGCACUUGGACAGCGUGCGAGCUCAGUUGCGGGAGACGUGGGGGAGGGACCCGCGCGAGCGCCACCGCACCCUCGCGGGGGACAUAGCGUGGAUUUCCGUCCUGAACCAGCUGGAGUUUUUCUCCUGCUUGCCCCCGAGGGAAUACGCGUCCGCGCUGUCGACCCUCGCCGUAGAGGUCACCUGGCUCCUCUUGAAGCCGUUCCACUGCGCCUACAUACGGGCGCAAACGCGCGUGUACGCGGAGCUGCUCCAGCAGAUCGACCAGUGGGCGUACAGACUCGCCGAAUGGAAGGACCGGUGGCAACAGCUGGCCAUGCUCCAGGAAGCCCCCUCUCUGCCCCCCGCGCGCGCGGAGGCGACCGACGCCGGCAAGAAGGCGCUCGAGCCCGCAGCGGGACCGCGGGGCAUCGAGCGGACGACGCCCGAACAGCCGCAAAGACCGCCCUCCUGGAAAAAAUCCCUAAAGACCUUCUUCAAUCAAGGCUUCAACAAGGCUCGCUCCUCUCCUUCCGGCGAAGCGCCGCCCGGAGACAAUUCAGACCAAACGCCGGAAUUCUCCUCUUGGCAACAGACCCUGGCCGACUACUUCUCGCUAAUUCUAGACGUGAUGCGUCCAGGACCUCGGCCCAUUCAGAACGCCCUCAUCUUGGGCCUCGCGAGCGACUGCUGGCUCAAACUAACCUCUCAGAAACUGCAACAGCUCCACCGCCGAAUUCGAAUCCAUUUGCAGCAGGAAAUCCUCGCGUGGGAAGCGAGCUUUCCGUUCGAGCAAAUCACGAUCCAACACCACCAAACGCUCUCCUGCGUGCUUCGCGGCGCCAUGCAGCUGGAAUGCGAAAUCAACCACCGCGUGGUGCGGCAGCUCGUCGAUUCCGGCGGGCUCUCGGCGGGCUCUCCAGAAAAGGACCCAAUCGCUCACCGCGCCUCCGAACACCAACUCGCCUCCGCCUGGUCACAAACCAGACACGCGUGUGUCGUACUGCAGAUCCGCAUCCUAGACUCAGCGUUCGGCCUGUCAAUACGAAGCGCCCGACAUGCCAUGUCACUGACGUGUCAGUUCGCCACGUUGGACCAAACCGCCGCACACCAAAAUCAGUGGACCAAAUGGUCCAAAGUCAUCAAACAAUUCUCCGAACUGAUAUGGACGCCACUGUACGACCCGGAACAACUCCAAACGCUCGAACUGAAAACUCUCGAUAUAGAAAAACAACUCUCUCAACAAGCCCCUCACUCUCAAACAAAACCUUUGUCCUCUUCAUUCCUCCCAUUCCCUAUAUCUUCACAAUUCCUAUUCACACAACGCGUUCUCUCGUCCUUCGUGCAAUUCUUCUCACAAUUCCACCCAUUCGUUGAACCGCCACUCUUCCCGCAAAAGUCACUGCCACUCUCCGCCCUCUACGUCCUCUGCCUUCACCUCCGCGCAGUCCUCCUCUACACCCUUUCCGUCUCGCUCGUCCACUUCACCGUCGAAGCCACGAAGCUGUGCCUCAUCCGAGACAUCGCGUCCCUCGAACUCCACCUAUCCUCCCUGCACCUCUGCACCCGCCCCUGUUCCUGCCGCGACCUCCCCGCGUCCACCCCUUCCCUCACCUGUCCAGAGGAAUGGGUGAAGGCCCACACACACCUCUGGCUCCAAAACUUCAGACUCCUCCUCUUCUCUGCCUCCGCCGACGUCUUCCUCGCGGCCCAACUGCUCAAAGCGCGCCUCGGCUACGCCGACGCAAACACUUCGGACCGCCGCGCAACUUCGCCUCGCGGCCGCAUCGAGUCCCUGCUCCAAUCCUGGGAGGGCCACUGGCACCGGUCCGGAGACCUCGACCUCUCUCCACUCGCCUGGGCCAUCUUGUGCCUGCACCCGAUGGUGGUUCUCCACGUCCUGUUAACGAGGAAAGGCAAAAACGCGUCGGAAUUGGCGCGCUCAAACAAACAAGACGCCCAAGACUACGUCGAGUGGCUAGAGUCGGCACCGCUCGAACUACAACUCCAACUCGUCAACGAGACUCUGAGAACGCUGGCCGAGGAGGAUCAGGCUGCCGCCGCCGACAUUGAGGACACAGCGAAGAUCCUGUUCGAGAUACGGCUGAUAAAAAAAGAGAUGGCAGCAAGGACCAACCAGGGAUGA